UGAAUGCAGCAAAAAAGACAGUAAAACGCCAUUUGUAAACAACACAGAUCUCCAACACCAAAUCUCAAACACUCUUCUUUUCUUCCUUCCUUGUCUCUCCUGCACCUCACCCCAAACCACCUGUUCGUCUUCUUCCUCUUCUCAAUACGAUUUUCAUUCCUGGAUUCAUAAAGCUCAGACCUUUAGGUCAAUAACAUCUCUUCUCAAUUCACAAUUUGCAAUUUGGGUUAUGAGCAGCGGCUGACAUGUCGGAGAAGAAGGACUCCGGCCAGCUCCCGGACGGUUCCGCAGAGCCCUCCCCGGCUGCCGCCGAUGCUAAUGCGAUUUGGAACGACGUCGUUUCGCCGGUGACCAAACCCGAGGAAUCAGAGAAAGCAUUGGAGGAUGCAGGGUCCGGGAAGGAGGACAUGUUUGAGGAUUGCCCUGAUGAUAUCUUGGUCGAUGAUGUUGAGCGUUUACGAGCUCAGCUGGAUACAGCUGUUGCUGAGAAAGAAAGCUCUGCUCUCCUGUUUGAGAAAGAGAGGGAGGCGUUUGUUAGAGAAGUCGGUGCUCUUCGGAUUCAGCUCAGGGGUCUGAGUGAUGAACAGACAUUGGUGGGUGAAAAUGGGGGUGGUUUGAGUUAUGAGGCUGCGAGUGGAGAGAAUGGAGAAAAGGCUGUAGUGGCGGAGAAGGAUGCGCCGUGGAUUGAGUUGAUAAAGGAGUGUUCUGGGAGUGUUAAGAAGGCUUUGGAGAAACAGGCUCAGAUUGAGGCCAGGGUGAGGGAGCUCGAUGGAGUUGUGUGUAUGAAGGAUCAAGAGAUCGAGGGUCUGAAUGCCAAUGUGAAGUUCUUGUCCGAGGGUCAUCAUGAGAAGGAUGCGUAUUUUGACGCUCUGGCAAAUAGGAUGUUGGCUUCGCUCAGCGGUGUAGUUGGUCAGCCAGAACUGCGGGAUGAUACUAUUGCUGGAAAGCUAGUGCAUGUUGAGAAUGGCAAUUUUAUGUUGAUUGAGAAUUACAACCGGAUGCUUUCUGAAAUUGAACAGUUCAGACAGUGUUUGGCUGAGACGGGAUUAGAUUAUAGUUCACAGGAGGUGGGUGGAAUUUUCGCUGCUGCUCGUGAUGAGUUACUUGAGCUUAGAAGAAAGGAGGCAGAAUUUGUUGAAAGAUCGAAUCAUCUAGAAGAUGGGAAUAGGAAAUUGGCUGAAGAACUUGACAAGCAGAGAGCUAUAGGUGAAAGGGUGAAUGCCGAACUUAAUCAAACAAGAAUGGAGCUGGAGCAGGAGAAGAAUAGGUGCACUAAUACUAGAGAGAAGCUUACUAUAGCUGUGCAGAAAGGCAAAGGAUUGGUUCAGCAGAGAGACUCAUUGAAGCAUUCCAUUGCUGAAAAAAUGAGCGAGCUGGAGAAGUGUAGGAUUGAAUUGCAAGAGAAGUCAAAUGCUCUUGAAGCUGCUGAAUUAAGCAAGGAGGAAUUGGUUAGGAGUGAAAACUCAAUUGCAGCACUGCAAGAAACACUUUCCGAAAAUAAUUUAAAACUUCAAAAACUUGAAGAAAUGUUGUUUCAGACUGGUGUACCUGAAGAUCUUCAAUCUAUGGAUAUUGUGGAGAGACUUCGAUGGCUUGUAGAUGAAAGUGUUAAACUCAAGGAAAUUUCUAUGGAAUUCCAAACCUUGAAAGAGGCUAUGUAUGGUUUGGGUCUGCCAGAAGUUAUUUUGUCUUCUAGUUUGGGAUCUCAAGUAAACUGGCUCUGGGAAUCAUAUUCUCAGGCCAAUGAGGAAGUGCUUGUGCUGCGCAAUGAAAUUACUGCAACUAAAGAAGUGGCUCAUAAAAAUAUUGACCAGUUAACUGAAUCACUUUCAGCUGAGUCUCAGGCAAAGGAGCAUCUCCAAGCAGAGUUGGACAACAUAACAUUGGAAUACAAUGAUAUUAUAAAGAAAGAACAUCAAGUGUCUUUAGAGAAAUCUCAGAUGGUCAGAACGUUACUUGAUGCCUCUGGAAUUGUAAUGGCUGAUGAAGAUGUGUCUCAACUUUCUGCAGACAUUGCCACACUCAUUGAUACAUGUAUUGGGAAGAUAAAAGAACAGAGCUCUGCUUCAGUUUCAGCUGACAUGCAGGCAAAGGAAGUUCUCCAAGCGGAGGUGGCCAGUCUUACAUCAAAGUACGAAGAGGUAGUUGGAAAGGAGAGUCAAGUAUCUUCAGAGAAUGCUGAGAUGGUCAAAAUGUUACUUGAUGUCUCUGGAAUUGUGAUGGACAAUGAGGAUGUCUCCCAGAUUUCCUCAGACAUUGGGACAUUUGUUAACACCUGUAUUGGGAAGAUUAAAGAACAGAGCAGUGCUUCAUUUGAACAGUUAAAUGCUUUGAUUUCAGCUGAAAUGCAGGCGAAGGAAUAUCUCCAAGUAGAGUUGGACAAUCUAACAUUGAAGUACAAAGAGAUUGUUGAGAAAGAGCGUCAAGUCUCUUCAGAGAAGGCUGAGAUGGUCAAAUAUUUACUUGAUGUCUCUGGAAUUAUGACCGACAGUGAGGAUGUGUAUCAGCUUUCCCCAGACAUUGCCACACUCGUAGAUAGAUGUGCUCAAAAGAUAAAAGAACAGAGCUCUGCUUCAGUUUCAGCUGACAUGCAGGCAAAUGAAGUUCUCCAAGCUGAGUUGAACAGUUUAACAUCAAAGUACAAAGAGAUAGUUGAGAAGGAGAGCCAAGUAUCUACUGUGAAUGCUGAGAUGGUCAAAAUGUUACUUGAUGUCUCUGGAAUUGAGAUGGACAAUGAGGAUGUCGCUCAGAUUUCCUCAGACAUUGGGACAUUUGUUAGCACAUGUAUUGGGAAGAUUAAAGAACAGAGCAGUGCUUCAUUUGAACAGUUAAAUGCUUUGAUUUCAGCUGAAAUGCAGGCGAAGGAAUAUCUCCAAGUAGAGUUGGACAAUCUAACAUUGAAGUACAAAGAGAUUGUUGAGAAAGAGCGUCAAGUCUCUUCAGAGAAGGCUGAGAUGGUCAAAUAUUUACUUGCUGUCUCUGGAAUUAUGACCGACAGUGAGGAUGUGUAUCAGCUUUCCUCAGACAUUGCCACACUCGUAGAUAGAUGUGCUCAAAAGAUAAAAGAACAGAGUAGUGCCUCACUUGAUUCUUCAAGUAUCAAUGUUGAGCUAUUUGAAACAAUUCAAAGCCAUUUAUACGUAACAGAUCAGGAGUUGAUGCUCUGUCAGAACAUUCUAGAAGAGGAAAUGCUGGUGAAAUCUGAUGUGAAUAGACUGUCAGAGGAGUUGCGGGUUGUAUCUCAACAGGUUGAGGAAUUAAAAGAGGAAAAAGGGUCCCUACAGAGAGAUAUUGAACGGUCAGAAGAGAAGAAUGCUAUGAUAAGGGAGAAGUUAUCUAUGGCAGUCAAGAAAGGUAAGGGAUUGUUUCAAGAGCGGGAAAACUUGAGACUUCGUGUAGAAGAAAAGAACUCAGAGAUUGAGAAGCUAAGGGUUGAGUUACAGAAAGAACAAUCCACACUGUCUGAAUGCAGGGACAAGAUAAAUAGCUUGUCUGCUGAUACAGAAUGCAUUCCAAAGUUGGAAGCUGAUCUUGUUUCUAUGAAGGAGCAAAGGGAUCAACAUGAACAAUUGUUACUGGAGAGAAAUAACAUGUUACAGAGAAUAACUAAAUCAAUUGAUGCAAUUGUUCUUCCUGUUGAUUCCAAAUUUGAAGAACCUUUGGGGAAGGUGAACUGGCUGGUAGGAUAUCUGAGUGAAUGUCAGGAUGCUGAGGCACAAGCAAAGCAAGAAUUGGGGAAAGUAGAAGAGGAAAGAAGUAAUCUAGCGUUCAAGUUGGAAGAAGCCUAUUCAACAAUAAAGUCACUGGAAAAUGAAUUAUCUGUUGUAGAGAAUAGUUUGGCACAACUUGCUGAAGAAAAGAGGGAAAUGGAAAUCGAUAAGACCACUGUUGAAAGAGAGUUACAGAGAGCAUUAGAAGAAGCUGUUUCCCAGGCUAGCAAGUUUAGUGAGGUUUCUGCAGCUAAAAAGUCCCUAGAAGAGGCAUUAUCACUUGCAGAAAAUAAUUUAGCUGUUCUUGUCAGUGAAAAAGAGGGGGCUGUAGUCAGUAGAGCCACUGCAGAUGCAGAGCUAGAAAAAGUGAAAGUGGAAUAUGAUAUACAGACGAGCAAACUAUCAGAUGCCUACGAGACUAUAAAGUCACUUGAAGUUGCUCUAUCUCAGGUUCAGGCCAACGUUUCUGUACUUACUGAACAAAACAAUGAUGCUCAAAUCAGCAGAUCCAAUUUAGAGGCUGAGCUAAAGAAACUGCACGAGGAAGUUACAUUACAGGAUAACAAGCUUGCAGAUACCAGUUCAACUAUAAAAUCACUGGAAGAAGCACUGUUGAAGGCAGGAAAUGAUAUAUCUGAACUUGAAACUGGAAAGAAAAAUGCUGAAGAGGAAAUAUUAACACUCAAUUCCAAGUUAAAUGCUGCCAGUGAGGAGUUGUCUGGAACUAAUGGCAGCACAGACAGGUCCUUAGAGCUCAAUAGUCACCUUGAUAAUCUUCAAAUGCUGAUGGGGGACAAGACUAUGUUGUCCACAAUGAAAAGAAGUUUUGAGAAGAAGUUUGAAAGCCUGAAGGACAUGAAUCUCAUUCUUAAAAAUAUAAGGCACCAUUGUGUUUCAGCGGGUUUAGAGCUGCAAAGGCACCAAGUACUAGAGGAAGAUUCAUAUGUGACGAAAUCUUUUUCAGAUGGUCUUCUCAAUAUUGCAAGUAUUGAAAAGGACAAUGCUGAGGUCAAUGGUGCAGAUGGUGAUGAUAUACCAUCAUAUUUGUCUUCGACUGUGGAAAGGUUGCAGUCGCGAGACAUGGUUCUUUCUCAAAAUUUUGAUCGCUUCUCUUCUAUUAUAGAUGAGAUUAUUGAAAAUCUGUUAAGAAAUUUACAGGAAAGAAGUGACGAAGUAGCAGCUAUGUUUGAGCACAUGGAGUCUCUUAAACAAAAAGAAAAUAAUCUGGAAAUAGAAAAACAUGAGCAGGAGAAUACCAUAGCCAUUUUAGAACGCGGUCUUAAGUCUCUUGUCUCUGCUUGUACUGAUGCCACCAGAGAACUGCAAUUUGAAGCUAAGAACAAGUUACUCAAACUCAGCUCUGUUCCUGAACUUGAGGAAUUGAGAGAUAAUCCGCCACAAGAAACAGGAGCAACUGAUGGAGAAACCACAGAAACACAAGAGCAAGGUAUUGAUGGCAGCAAACAUAGUAAAACAGCAGGAAUGUUGUCAGUUGCUUGCAAAAAUGUUCAAGCUUUGAUUAGACAGUUUGAGAUCACAAGUGGAGUGGCGGCAUCUACAAUUGAAAAUUUGCAGAAUGAACUGAAAGAAGCUAGAACUACUUCUGAAAAAUUCAUUGAAGAAAGGGAUCUAAGACAAGACAGGAUCUACAAAUUGGAGGCGGAUAUAGAAAUGUUAGAAAGUUCUUGCACUGAUCUGAAGCUUAAACUAGAGGAUUAUCAAGGGAAAGAGGAUAUAUUGAAGGAAAGGGAGGCAGAACUUUCAUCACUGCACACUCGGUUGUCAUUGAAAGAACAAGAGAAUGAAGACUUCCUCCUAUCAGCAUCCGAAGUCAAAAUCCUCUUUGACAAAAUCAAAGGGAUUGAAUUCCCUAUACCAGAGUCAGAAGUAGGAGACGUAGGAACCCAUCAUUCAAUUUAUGUGGAGAAGCUCUUCCAUGUUAUUGAUAACAUUAGUCACUUUCAACAUCAGAUUAAUUCACUGUCUCGUGAAAAAGAAGAGCUACAGUCAUCACUUGGGACACAAUUGCUUGAGAUAAAGCAUCUAAGGGAAGAAGUGGAAAGUUAUGUCAGAUACGAACAAGAUACUGAGAAGAUGAAAAAUGAACUGUCUGUGCUUAUAUAUGCUUUGGAAAAGAUUAUAGACAUGUCAGGAGGUAAUGAUUUAGUUGGAGAUGAGAAAUCUGCUGGUGUGAAGGGACUUGUGUCAGUGUUAGAGAAGCAGGUUAUGGCUUUGCUCGUGGAAACUAAAAAUUCAAAGUCAAAAACUCAGGAACUUGGCACUAAGUUGGUCGAGAGCCAAAAGCUUGUGGAUGAAUUAUCAAGCAAGGUUAAUAUACUUGAAGUUUCAGCUCAGGGAAGGGUUGCUCAGCCAGAGAUUGUCCAGGAAAGGAGCAUCUUUGAAGCACCUUCCGUGCCUACUGGUUCAGAAAUAUCUGAAAUUGAGGAUGUGGGAUCACUUGGAAGCAAAACGAUAUCCCCUGUCCCAUCAGCAGCUCACGUGCGCACAAUGCGAAAGGGUUCUACUGACCAUCUUGCUAUUGAUAUUGAUCCUGAAUCUACUCGAUUAAUCAGCACUGAAGAAACUGACGAGGACAAAGGCCAUGUAUUCAAGUCUCUCAAUGCAUCUGGUAUCAUUCCAAGACAAGGAAAGUUGAUUGCAGAUCGAAUUGAUGGAAUUUGGGUAUCUAGUGGUCGAAGUUUGAUGAGCCGCCCAAGGGCUAGGCUAGGCGUCAUUGCCUACUGGCUUGUCUUGCAUCUGUGGCUGCUUGGAGUCAUCAUUCUGUAAAGAAGGCUUUGAUAGAUUACCCCCUCGACUUCAUUUGGGUCUGCAAGCAAAUUUGUAUCAUAUAUAGAUGACAAUUUGUAAUUUUUUUUUGCCCCACCCUUUUUUUAGCCACUUUGCAUAUAUAUGCUCCAUACCCAUAUUACUUCUCUCCAAUCACAUUUUAAGAUUGCAGAGAAUCAAAUCAAAAGGCUCUAUGCCCGUCGAAAAUGUUACACACUUGUACUUCAUCAAAUUUAAUCUUAGUUGGGUAGCAGACAUAUUAAAUGUGAAUUAUUUC